CAAACAUUCAUGGAGAUGGAGCGCAGAUACUGGUACUAUUAAUACCACUACUACCACCGGCAGCCACUCUAGCUAGAGUGGUAUGGCGAUUUGCAUUUUUAGUAAGGCCCACAACACUGACGUUGCUUGCGUACAGUAGUAGACAGAAGUAUCUCUUCCUUUUUCAUUCAUCUCCAAUCAACGAUACAACAACAACAAACCAUGCCCAAGGUUCUUCGUCCGAAAAUAUCAAGAAAAAAAGAGCCGCAUGGAAUGGCUUGGUGGUUCGUUCGUUGGGUGUUCCUUGGCCUCUGUGCUGUGGGAAUCCGUCAUGUAUACCUAUCCACCCAGGAGACCCAAGGACGAUAUUUGAGGGCAUUUAAUGAAAUCUUGGAUCAUCCAACAUAUCAUACUACUCAGGAUUCUUCUUCUGCUGUCGCGUCUUCUACGACAACAACGGGGCAAGUGGGUGUUCCACUGAUUCCUACCAAUAAUCCAUCCAGUCCUUUGAUUCGCAAUGCUCUCUUGCAAAUCCAAUCUCUCAGCGCAGAUAACAUUUGGGAUAGUCUAGUACAAGAGGCAGCGGCGUUGAUGAAGAAUCCUCCAGCACACCAACAACAACAAGAAACCACGACAGCUCCCCCAAGGUUCAUGGCAAUGGAGGUUGGUAUGUUCCGUGCCAAGCAAUGCUUCCACGCCGCUCGAAUGGGACUCGAGGCACACUGUAUUGAGCCAUCUCCACAUGCCUUUCAGCGGAUUACGCAAGCACUCCGAAAGGAACCGGUGAAUGUACAGACAAGGAUUCAUCUAUACAACAAUGCGGCAGCAGCAUUGCCCGGACUCAAACUCAACUUUUCCGCCGGAGGCUCCCCAGGAGAUCACGUGGGAUCAUACGAUGUCUGGAAGAUGCAAGCAGCAGCGGGAGCACCACCCACUCAGGUCGAUUCCAUUCGCUUGGAUGACUUGAUUGGUGAACUCAUCCCACAGAAAUCACACGACAAACUCUUUGUCCUCAAAGUGGACACACAGGGGUACGAGCCCAGCGUAUUUGCCGGGUUGGAACACUCGGUCUUUCUGGAACAUCGUGUGGACUAUGUCAUGUUCGAAUACUGGCCAAAAGGAAUGGAUCUGUUGACUACGGGGGAUGUCCACAAGAGAAGUUGUGUAGCGCACUUGAUCUUGCAAGCCUUGCACGAGGCAGGAUACACCCUUUAUGCCUUGCCCAACACGGCUCAUCCUCGAGCACCGAAGGAAGCCUUGGAAGCAAUUGUGGCGGAACAAGCACCCAUGAACAACUUUCAGGAAAAUUGUCUUUAUUACUAUCAAGUGGAGGAUCGGUUUUCCACUGGAGACUACAAAAUGGGAUAUUGGUCCGACAUGUUAGCAGUUGCACCUGGGGCGUCGUUGUUACAGAACCCAGUCACGGAAGUUGGUCAAAUAUUGCAGCAACAGAAACGAUUGACAUGAGUUUGGAUGUGUUCCGAAAUCCCCAUUACAGUGUCACACUAACUAUUAUUAUGUAAUGUAUGCGCAGCUACAUACUUUCCUUCUGGUCUUCUUCUUCGUGCACUACUGGCUGCACCGCUAAAUCACCCUGUGGACAGCUUAGGAAAAGAGUGACAACCAC